AUGGGUGACUUUGGAAAGGACAUGUCGAAAUCGGAAGACAUUUUACCAUCACCACAGUAUUCCGACGUUGAAAUCGGCACUGUGCAUGAGACAACUAAGAAUGGCGACUCGGCACUCGAGUUUCUGAGAACAGCACAUGAUGUUGGUGAACUUACUCCUGAAGAGGAACGUAAGUUACUUCGGAAGAUCGACUGGAUGAUUAUGCCACUCAUGUGGUGCUGUUACUGCCUUCAAUAUCUCGAUAAAACACUAGUCAACUACGCGGCAGUAAUGGGUCUCUACGAAGACGCAAACAUAACCACAGACCAAUUCUCCAACCUUGCCUUGUUCUUCUACGUCUCCUAUCUCGUCGUCGAGUUCCCACAUGGCUACGCUAUGCAACGUCUACCUACAGCAAAGUAUCUUGGUUCCGCAGUCAUCCUCUGGGGCCUAAUCACUGCACUGACAUGCGUGUGUAAAAACUAUGGCGCGCUGAUUGCUACACGUGUGCUGCUUGGUUGUUUCGAAGCCGCCGUCGCACCCAGUCUGAUUCUCAUCACCUCCAUGUGGUACAAGCGGACUGAACAGCCCCUCAGAACCGGUAUCUGGUACCUAGGCGUUGGCACCGGAACAAUUAUCGGAAGCUUGAUCAGUUUCGGCUUCCAACAUUACCACAGCGACACAUUUACAAGUUGGCAAAUCAUGUUUCUCGUCGUCGGUCUCGUCACUGUCGCCGUUGGUAUAGGCGUGAUAUUUCUCCUCCCCGACAACCCCAUGUCCUCGCGCCUCACCCCCUCGGAAAAAGUCUGGGCAAUAACCCGCCUCCGCUCCAACCAAACCGGCAUCGAAAACACAACCUUCAAACCCUACCAAGUCCUCGAAUGCUUUCGAGACCCCCAAACCUGGCUCUUAUCCCUCAUAACAAUCGCCUCAAACGUGCCCAACGGCGCAGUUUCAUCCUUCCAAUCCACCCUCAUAAAAUCCUUUGGCUUCUCCUCCAAAACAACCGCGUUGCUACAACUCCCCUCAGGAGCUAUCAGCAUCAUUUCUAUACUAAUAGCUACGUACCUGGCCGGCCGCUACAACCAGCGCGGGCUCAACAUUGUUACGUUGCUGGUACCCGGGAUGCUGGGCGGUUGUCUAAUGGCAUUCUUACCUAGCUCGGCGAAGAUGGGGAAGCUGAUAGGGAAUUACCUGACCAACUGCAUCGGCUCCAGCUUACCGCUGUUGUACUCAUGGGUCGCAGCGAAUUACGCAGGGCACACGAAGAAAGUAACCAUGAACGCGGUGCUCCUGAUGUCGUUUUGCUUGGGCAAUAUCAUCGGCCCGCUCACGUUCCGGAAAGAAGAUAGCCCGGAUUUUGUCCCUGCGAAGAUUUCGAUUGUGGUUACGUGUGCGGUUGCGGCGGGGCUGGCGGUCGUGCUGCAGGUGUAUUAUGUGACGGAGAAUAAGAAGAGGGAGAGGCAGAGUGUGCGUGAAAGGGUGGAAAAUGAGGAGUUUUUGGAUUUGACGGAUAGGGAGAAUGCGAGGUUUAGGUAUAGAUUGUAG